GAGCAACCCAGUCCAAGUGAUAAUAUUAUGGAUGGGAAUUGGUUUAGCCUCCAGUAAUAUCUUGGAGUUGGGACCUGAGUUUGGUGACCAGUCCCAGUUGGAGGAACCACACUUGGUCAUGUUUUAUGCUCCUUGGUGUGGACACUGUAAAUCUCUUCAUCCAAUUUGGUAUGAGUUGGGUAACAAAUUAUCACGACAUCCUGUAACUGUGGCAAGAAUAGAUGCUACAUUGUAUAGAAGUGCAGCUGAAACAUAUAAUGUUAGGGGCUUUCCUACCAUCAGAUUGAUAGGAAAAGACAGAGCUCUUGAUUUCGUUGGAGAUCGAACAGCGGAAGCAUUACACGAUUUUGCAAUAAAAGGAUCGAGACCUCUGCUUCCCAGGGUCGGUAGCCUGGGAAAGUUGAGGGAUCUACAGAGAUCAGACGAUGUUGUGUUUCUAUCUGUGGGUACAACUGAUGACACUAGGAAAUGCCUCACUUUGGUUGCCCCCCAGACUGUCCAUGAAACAAUUAUUGCAGAGGUAACUAACGAUGCUGUUGUAAAAGUAGACAAGGAAUCUAAAGUUCAGUAUAUUAAUGAAAAUACUGAAAAGAGGGUUGAUCUCAGCAUUUCAAAGAGUUCUGGAGUCAUAGUUCUUAAGGAUGAAAAAGUAUUUGAGUAUACGGAUUCACUGGAUGAUUGUUUGCAGUUAGUAGAUUGGAUCAAGUCAGAAAGGUUUUCAGCAUUCCAAGUUGGAUCAUACCCUGUGAUUCACCCUCUACUCUUUUUGAAGUAUAAAAUAGCAUUUUAUUACGGUGAUGACGAAGGUAGGAUAUCAGAAAUGAAACAGUUAGCAUCAGAGCGGGGCUCUGUUCCUGGAAAUUUCUACUUUGUUCAAGUCAGCAAAGCAGAGUUUAUUGAGAACCUCAUAAGUGCCUUCGCAGAGGUAGGAAGUAUCAUAGUAUACGAGCCAGGCACCGAGAUCUACUCCUAUUCAAGUGACCCACACAAACCAAUAAAGGAGAGUGUUGAGGAGUUUACUAAUACUAGAACCCAGCUUUAUGGAGGAACUGGUUUCUUGGCUGGCACUAAAAAGGUGUGGUACAGGAUAGCUUCAAACGUUCUCCCCCUCUUCUACGAUCAUCCGUUUAUAAUGGGAAUAGUGAUAAUGGUACCCAUAGGCUUAAUACUGCUGUGCUGCUGCGAUGAACAGAGGAGUAAAGAUGAUCCUAUUCGCCAAGUCAGGUCAAGUGAGAGUCACAUGGAUCUCCUCUGGGCGGACCAAAGCGAUGCGAAGAAAGAAGAAGAAUAUGAGGAGGAAAAUAAAGAAGUUAGAGGACAUGACGGGGAAGAAGAAGCUGAAAGUGAAGAACAAGCUGAGGAGAAAGACGAAGAACUUAAAAAGGAAGAAUAAAUUAACUAAAUAAAUAUAAACUAAUUUGCGACUGUCUAAGUUGACAGUUUGCAACGUUCUGGAACCUUUGAAAGUUUUGCUUUUAGACUGACUUUUUAGAACCUUUCAUUCAAUUAGCAAAGAACAGAUCAUCCAGUCUGGGACGAGAGUGAGUUGCUUGGCGACGGUAUAACCAGCGAGUUGCUUGGCGACGGUAUAACCAAACAUUUUAAACGAUGGUGUAUGGCUCCUGAAUAUCAUUACCUGCCUACAACUACUACAUUAAUCACUUAGAAUUUAUGUAAAACAUUUAAAUAUUAGCCUUUAUUGCCAUUAACAGAUUUUAGGAUGGGGAUUGUUUAUUGUUUAUUUUUCAUACUUUUUAUUUUGAGUUUUGAGUGCUGUAAAGAAUUCAUUGAGUUGCGAAUUCCGAAUUAGGUUUAGAUUUUAGAUCCAUCUUUGCCUUCCGAAAUAUUUUCGUAGACCGUGUAGUGUAGUGUUUCUAUUUCAUGCGAUACACUACAUUAUGUUUUCUCAGUGAUAUUAUCUUAUAUAUGAAGUAAGUUAUUUAAUGCAAUUGAAUAACUUUUACAAUGAUUAUUGUGUUCAAUUCUUCAGUUCCAUAUUUGUUUUGUUUUGUGCUAUACAUUAUAUCAUAUUUUGUAAUCUUUUCAAUUUGUUCUUGUUGUAA